UGGAACUGGAAUAGGCGUGUCCCUACUCCAUCAUCUCUGCUUCUUUCCUCAUUUGCUUUUAAAGCUGCCGUUAGAGUGUGAGAGAGCAAUUUGGCUGCUUGUCUUGCUCGGGGAGAGAAGAACGAGCAGAGCUGAGAUUAUUUGCCGAGUGGGUGUGUGGCAGGAAUUUCCCUGGUUUGCCCUCUGCUACUGAAGAAGACACAUCUAGCCGUGGGAGCACAGAGCACACUCAAGGUCUUCCUUUAAGGCAAGGCAUCCACUUUAGGGCUGCCCUGAGGCACCAUGACCUCCCGGCCAGGGUGCAAAGGCUUAGAUGCAGACUAUGACUUCCUCUGUGACACCGAGAAAAAUUGGGGCAUUGUUGUGGAAUCCUUUGCUACCGCUGGUGCUGUCAUCACAGCCAUCCUGAUCGCUGUGCUCCUUUUCCUUGUAUGUAAAGUCCAAGACAACACAAAGCGAAGCCUGAUCCCUGUCCAGUUCCUCUUCCUUCUGGGCACUCUAGGAAUCUUCGGCCUCACUUUUGCCUUCAUUAUAAGGCUCAACGAGAGGACUGCCCUCACCCGCUUCUUUCUUUUUGGGGUCCUCUUUGCCCUCUGCUUCGCAUGCCUCCUGGCCCAUGCCCUCGACCUCAUCAAGCUGGUGAGAGGAAGAUGCCCCUUUUCGGUACUGGCGCUGCUGGUUAUCGCCAUCAGCCUGACCAUUGUGCAGAUUAUUAUCGCCACACAGUACGUAGCCAUCAACAGCCAAGAGCUGAAGGCCCUGAACGCCACGACUGGAUUGACAGAAAAAAGCCGUGUGGACUUCGUUCUGCUUCUCAUCUACGUGCUUUUCCUGAUGGCCCUCCUCUUUGUGGUCUCCAUGUUUGUUUUCUGUGGGUCCUACAGAAGGUGGAAGAGGCAUGGCACACACACCUUCUUCACAGCCCUGUUCUCCAUAUGCAUCUGGGUGGCGUGGAUCAGCGUGUUCAUGACAGACUUUGGGAAAAGGCCAGAAUGGGACGAUCCCACUAUCAGCAUUGCUCUGGUAGCUAAUGGGUGGGUCUUCCUGAUGAUAUAUGUGGUGCCUGAGCUCUGUUUCCUCACCGUUCCACGGAGGCCCGGAGACUACCCUCCAGAGAAUGAUGCCUGCCAGCCUAAAGUCCUGAAAAAAACCUACGGAGUAGAGAAUCAAGCCUAUGCUCAGGAAGACAACGCGCAAGUCCCAGAUGCAAACAGGGGUCCUUCAUAUCUUCCAUAUUCAACUCACUUCCAGCUGCAGAACCUUGAGCCCCAGCAGGAUUUCUCCAUCCCACGGCCGAAAACCCGAACCAGCCCAUACCAAGAGUAUUCUGGAGGGAAAGAUGUCAAGUAGCCGUCCUGCUAUGAAUGCCAAAGAAGCCAUUCUGAGUCGGCGUAGGUGCUGGAAAUCAUCACAGAUAUAGCGGUGAUUCAGUUUUUAUUAAAUCAGGGACAGAACUCAGCACUGCAGUGGAUGAAGGAAGAUGCCUGUCUUUUUCUCCUGCACACCUUUUAUAUCUGCCUUCGUACACUUGGCACUUUAUUACAUUUUCUUUUACCGUGUUCCUUCAUUUAAUGAAUUCCUGCAGGCUUUUUUUUGAGGUAGCCUCUCACCUCGUGUGGUUACAAUCAUGCCACCCAAGUGCUGAGGGGGAAGGUCUGAAGCAUGGAGUGUUCUCUAUUGAGCUCUCGGUGUGGUUUAGACCCCUGAUUUGCACAGGAUUCUAUAUCACCCAGGGGGCCAGCCCAUAAAUGGACGACAACAGUGAGCCUAGCCAUGCUCUUCCCCUUACACCAGGCAUCCCCAAACUUCGGCCCUCCAGAUGUUUUGGACUACAAUUCCCAUCAUCCCUGACCACUGGUCCUGUUAUCUAGGGAUCAUGGGAGUUGUAGGCCAAAACAUCUGAAAGGCCGCAGUUUCAAUUGCUUAAGGGGCAAUCUCCUAAACAGGGCUUAUAGCUUCUCUCAGUUCCACAGAGACUUCUAUACCUCAGCAUUUUGCCCGAGCUCGUUUUUCUCCUCACAACACAAACAGGAAAGAUUAUAUCCAUCCCAUGUGAGUAAAAAGCUCAGGGAGUAUUCUUGGCCCAGAUCACAUCCCUGAAAUGUAUGCAUUUGCGUUUUCUCCUACCCCCCCCCCCCCAGCCUUUUCCUUUUGAAGCAUUGGAAUUUGCAGGAAUAUUCGAUGAUAGCUGUGCCAUUUAGAAGCCUGAGAAAUCUCCGAAUGUCUUCCUUUUAAGAGAUGGCCUGUAUCAGUGACUGUCUUUAGUCCUACGUGCAAUGCCAGGCCUGUAUAGCACUGCUGUCCUCAAAUCCUGUCAAAUUCCCCCUGCCUGCUUUUGUGGUACUGAGUCACAAAGGGAAGUGGCCCAAACAAAAACAAAACAGUUUUAAAACCAGGAAAUCACAGUAUUUUUUAAAAGUGAAAGUCAUUCCAAACUGUCUAUAGAUCUGCUUUAAACACAGGAAGAAAGCAAAGGGGUGGGGGGUGGGGGAAGAAGCAGCUUUUAAAACUGUGUACAGCUUUGAAUUAGGUUUCUUUACAGACUUCCUGCUUUUGCCCUUGAUGCCUAAUCUCUCCCCUGGUGAGACUUCCAAGCCCACUGAGCGUGCUUAGGGGACCUAAGACUGCUGGGAGUCGGAGAUGGGGAGAUUGCUCUGCUUUGCAAAAGACAAUCCUGCAGUUUGAAGGCAGUGAUGUGUGGCAGCGCAUAGACAGACACAGGAUAGUAGAUUAGAAUAAUUAUCUCUAAAUAGGCACCUCCUCCUGUAAGAUAGAACAUGCAAAUUUUAUGUGCUGUUGUGUAGAGAGGACCCUUGACUCUGUGUAAUUUUGUUGUUGUGCAAACAGAAACAUAAGGAGUGUGUGAACAGUGGUGUGAACAACCAAAACAAUGCAACAACUCUACAACAACUCUACAGAGAGCAGUUAGUCAAACCCUUCUGGGGGUGGGGGUGGGGAUCCCUACUUCUAGAUCUUCUAAGCACAGGUUUCUACCUGUCAUUAUUAGCAGAUUUCAGUGACAGAGAAAGGGAAAUGUUGAAAGCAUAAUGGUGGUGGUGAUGGAGGGAAUUCAUUGAAUGCCACUAAGGCUGCAAUCCUAUACUCACUCACUCUGGGAUCAGGCUCAUUCAGCUCAGUGGGGUUUCCUGCAACUCUUUUACCACUGUUAAUGAAACAGCAUUUUAGGACAUACUAAUGAUAACCUGUAGCAAAAUGUUGCAUAUUGGAGUGCUGCUGUUCAGGAUUCCUCCCACUCUACUCCACUCUAUUCCCCCUGUCCUGGUUUUCCAUUCUCCUUCCUGCAAGAGCCAGUCACAAUUUUGUGGUCACUAAGCUUGCUCAGUCUCCUCAUUGGAUUGUUUGGAGAGGUGGUUUCCUCCUAAGAGUUUCACACCUUCCUGAAGAUUUUCUGCAAACCUUGGGGUUCCUGCUGAUAGUUUCCUCUUGGUGCAGUUUUAGGCUAUAUAAAGACCAGCACAUAAUAAUAUUAAGAUUUCUAUUAUAUGAUUGCUUUAUAUGAUGACUGCAGAUGGGGAAGAAAACUAGCGACCACAAGACUUACCCAUAUGGCAAAUACUUCCAGAAAGUUGUUUCAGAUUUUAAUGGCGAGUUGGGGGAAACUCUUUUACAACUGGCUCAAGAAAAAUAAGACACGAUCCAGAGGAGGUCAAGCUUCUUUUUCCAUUGAUUAUAAUCAUAGCUGCCAAGUUCUCCCUUUUUUAAAGGGAAAUUCCCUUAUGCUGAAUAGGCUUCCUCGCGAGAAAAGGGAAAACUUGGCAGCUAUGAUUAUAAUGGGAUACGUUAGGCCUGUGCUUAACAAUGCUCCCAUUAAAAUCCAUUUGGGGGGGGGGGGAGUGCACAAUUUUAGUUGGAUUUUGCUCCUUAACCUGUGGGAAAGGAUUCUUCAGGUUUUGUUUUUGUUUGUGUGCUUCUAAAUGUAUUAUAUUAUUAUUUAUUUGUUUAUUUCUCAUACCACACGGAACACAUUGGUCUGCAUUUAAUAAAUAAUUAUAGACGGUG